AUGCCAGCAUCAUCACCAUCAGUAAAAAAGAAGACUAAAUUAACCAUAACAUGUUUACCAGAAGCCACAUAUGAAAAGUUGGCUGACUGUUAUCCCAAGGCUGCAGUGGGAUGGAAGGAUACUCAACGAGCACUAAAAAGAGAAGUUAUGCAAUGUAUUCGAAUUUACUGUAAGCGAAAAGGGAUUCCCCAAAAUGAUACUGCCAUGAGUUCAUGUAAAGAUUGUCUGCAAUUAACUUUUGGUGAAACAUUGUUCAGAAAACAUGUUAAUGGAUUGUCAACGGAUACAUAUAAAUACGUGCAAAGUAUUGUAAGUGAAGUUUAUCCUUAA